GCUUGGUGUGUGUGCCGUUUCGUCUCUGCCCGCCAACGAUACACACCGAAAGCACAAAGAAUUCCAAAACCCAAUAUAUAAAAAAAAGACAAGCGUGAAACCUACUCUGCCAAAAAUCAAUCCCUUCCCACCUUUUCUUUCUCUCUGCUUUCAGCCACUCUAAUCUCUAUACUAGUCUCUGCAUCCUCACAAAGCAUUGACACAGAGAGGGAGAGAUGGGUGGGAGACUGGGCUUUUCCUUUGUAUAAUGAAUGAAGGACUGAAACCUCUUCUUCUCAGAAGAAGAUGGCAAUUCAACUUCUCGAUGAGCGACAACUAGAACAACAACAAGAACAGAACUCUUCAUUCUUGCUGGAUGCUCUGUACUGCGAGGAAGAGAGAUGGGAGGAAGAAGUAGAGGAAGAAGGAGAGGUUGUACAAGGGGAGAGUGAGAUAUGCAGCAGCAAAAGCAGCGGUAUAAAGAAACCUUCUCUUUUUCCUUUGCUCUUGUUGGAGCAAGAUUUGUUCUUGGCAGAUGAAGAGCUUCUUUCUCUCUUCUCUAAAGAAGAGCAGCAACAAGCCAAUCUUAAUCACGGCAUUGUGGAAACAGAAUCUGCUAUUUCUGCGGCUCGUCGCGAGGCUGUGGAGUGGAUGCUCAAGGUCAAUGCCCAUUACGGAUUCUCAUCUCUCGCAGCAAUCCUAUCCAUUAACUAUCUUGAUAGGUUCCUCGCUAGCCACCAUUUUCAUAGAGACAACAAGCCAUGGAUGAUGCAGCUUGUGGCUGUGGCUUGUCUCUCUCUUGCUGCAAAAGUGGAAGAGACCCAAGUGCCCAUUCUCUUGGAUCUCCAAGGGAAGGACGCACAGUAUGUGUUUGAGGCAAAAACUAUUCAAAGAAUGGAGCUUUUGGUGCUCUCCACCCUUCAAUGGAAGAUGCACCCAGUAACCCCACUCUCAUUUCUUGAGCACAUCACAAGGAGGCUUGGGAUGAAGACCCAUCUCCACUGGGAAUUCCUCCGGCGAUGUGAGCGUCUCCUCCUCUCUGUGGUCACCGAUUCAAGAUUCGUCGGUUGUCUUUCUUCGGUUUUGGCCACUGCCACUAUGAUGCACGUUAUAGACCAAGUUGAGCCUUGUAAUCCCACGGAAUACCAAAACCAGCUUCUGGGCGUCCUAAAAAUAAACAAGGAAAAAGUAAAAGCCUGUUAUAAUCUCAUCCUUGAGCUAUCAAACGCCUAUAAUUGCGUCCAUAACAACCCUCGCAAGCGCAAGUACGAGCAAAUUCCUUGCAGCCCAAGUGGUGUAAUUGAUGCUGUUUUUGGCUCUGAUAGCUCCAACGAUUCUUGGGCUGUGUCGUCGGUUUACUCAUCGCCGGAGCCUCCGUUCAAGAAGAGCAGAGCCCAUGAACAGCAAAUGAAACUGCCAUCACUCAACCGGAUCUCUGUGGGCAUUGUUGGCAGCCCUCCAUAAAACCCUCUUUUCCCUCUCUCUCUCUCUCUCUCUCUCUUCCCCCGUCUAAAAAACUCUAUAUUUUAUUAUAUGGGUAAUUUCUCUUUUGGUGCAAAUUUAAAGUGCCUUCCAGAAUCCAGAGCAUAUGAGCAUUUCCCACAAUGUCCACCAUGUUUUCAUGCCUUGGAGAGGAAACACAUGCAGCCGUGGAGAUAGGCGGCAUUUUGCAGGAAGAAAAGAGACAACAGACAAGAAUAGCUGGCAUUGAAGGGAUUUUUACACAAGUCUUCUUCUCUGUUUAUGUUUUUGGCACUCUCUUCUCCAUCUACGAGUCUCUUCUAGACAUACUACUCUAUCUGGACAUAUCUAUAUAUCAUCAUAUUCGAUAAUAAAUUCAGAACAAUUUUUGUUUGUUUGUAUAA